AUGGAAAAUGCCGUUGUGAACACCUCGCGUGGAACGCCCGCGCGUCGACGACGGCGACCGCCUGUAAAGCGGAAGAUCAAGUGCAAUCGAGAAUCCCCGUGCAGCAACUGUGUUCGGUCUAAAAGCGGCAAUUGCACAUAUGAAAGCUUGUCGCCCCCACCGUCGCGACGGCAUCGUCAUGCUGGAAUCUCUGAUCUGGACCGGCCAGAGCCCGAGACUUACCAUCUCCCGAGAACGACAGCUAUAUCCUCUGGAAGCAACCGUUGUGUCACAUUUUCAAAGUCUCAAGCAACAUCAACAUCGGGGGUCGCCAGCUCAACAGAGCCGUCAACACCGGCUAGUCAGGCCUCUUCCCGAGAAGCUGAGUCAUUGCGAAUCAAGAUUCAGCAGCUCGAAGAUCAGUUAUCGCGUGCGAAUCGAAUAUCGACUGGUUUGAGCACCCCCAGUCCAAGUUACAAUAUCAGUACAACAACAUCCCACCUUGCUGGGACAUUCCACGUGCAGGAGGAAAUUCCGGCAGAUGGCCGCAUUCCGACAAUCUCACGUACCGUGAUGCAUAAGACUCGAGUUUUUGGUCAAAGUCAUUGGAUGAACGGGGUCGCUCAGUUCGGAGACAUCCUUGAAGCCCUCGAGCCGCUUGUUCGGAAUGAAACAUCGAAGGCUUUUCUCACUCUGCAAAGAUGCAAGCACCUAGGAAAGUUAAUCAAGAAUCGGAGAAAACCCUCGUGGCCUGCAAUGCCGACCACGGAGCUCCCACAGAAAGACAUGGCGGAUGCUCUUGUUGAGGUAUACCUUCGGACAUACGAAACUGUCUACAGAAUUCUGCAUAUUCCAACAUUCAGACAAGACUACGAUGCGCUGUGGCUCUCGGGAACCACACCGGAUUUGGCGUUUCUUGUGCAAUUGAAGCUCGUUCUUGCGAUCGGCGCUACAAUGUACGAUGACGAUUUCUCUCUUCGUGCCUCGGCCAUAAGAUGGGUGUACGAGGCCCAAACAUGGAUUUCAGAACCGGAAUUCAAGUCAAGGUUGAAUAUUCCAUUCCUUCAGACCACAAUGUUGCUUCUUCUUGCGAGAGAAAAUGUGGGCGUGGACGGCGGCCUGACCUGGAUAUCGACAGGAGAGCUCUUGAGAACUGCAGUGUACAUGGGCCUACAUCGAGAUCCGAUAUACCUGCCGAGAAGAACAGCAUUCACGACCGAAAUGCGACGCAGACUUUGGAAUACCAUUAUGGAAAUGGUCCUCUCCACAAGUAUGGUAUCAGGCGGACCUCCACUGUUCUCACUGGACGACUUUGACACACACCCACCGGGUAACCUCGAUGACGAGCAGAUCAUGAGCGAUACCCCGAUACCAAAGCCCGAACAGACAUUUACUCAGGUGUCUAUAGCCUUGGCUCUCCGGAAGCUUUUCCCACUCCGCUUGGCCAUUGCCAGGUCACUCAACGCGCUCGGUGCGCACAUGACGUAUGAAGAGACAAUUAACGUCGAUUCAGAGCUUCGUCGCUCUUAUAAGACCAUCUCCGAAGCCCUGCAGUCCUACGGACCCGCCAGUGGGACAUCACAAUUCGGUAUAAGAACCCUCGACUGGCUUGUCCGCCGUUGCCUCGUCGCGCUACAUAUGCCAUUCUUCGCCAGUGCCGUGAACGAAACAGCUUUCGCUUUCUCCCGGCGUGUCGUCGUCGAAAAUGCACUCAAGAUAUGGUGUGCCAUUCAUCCAUCGUCUCUAAUGGCCAGCAGGCCGAAUGAAGGGCAAAAUAUAACGCAACAAGACCUGACAAGAUUAGCUCAGUGUGGAUCCGGCCCUUUUCGUACGACUGCAAUGCAAGCAUGCUUCCUCAUUGCAUCAGAGUUGAAAGCUCAGCUUCAGGAAGAAGAUGGUCUUGGACCCGUUCCACCUCGGCGCGAUCUUCUUGGGGUUAUCGAAGAUUAUAAGAGUUGGAACUUGAAGUGCAUUGAAGCUGGAGAGACUAAUACGAAAGGAUACUUGUUCACUUGCUUGGUUUAUACCCAGAUCAACGCUCUCAUGAUGGGUGCCUCCAAGGAAGAAUUACCAUAUAUGCUUCUACAGGCUGCAGAAGAUGCCGAGACCUUAUGCUUGUCUAUUUUAGAGAAAAAUGCAGGUGGAGGUCAAGAAAGCUGUUUGGAUCUUGAUGAGAUCAAUGAUCUGGAAGUUGAUGGCAUGCCGGACCUGCUUGGAGACUGGGCAUUCAUGGUAGGUUGA